AUGGCAUCUGAAAUCACAUUAUACGACUUGGCUUGCACCAAGGGCCUCUGCUUUUCCCCAGCAGUCUGGCGCAUCCGCCUCAUGUUAAACUACAAGCAGAUUCCAUACCGAACAAUCUUCCUCGAGUUCCCAGACAUCGAACCAACCCUUCAAAAGCUUGGUCUGACCCCACCACAAAGCGGCAAAUACACAGUGCCCGCCAUCCACCACAUCCCAACCGACACCUACUUGAUGGACUCCGUGCCAAUCGCCCAAUUCCUCGAACUAAUUUAUCCCUCUCGCCCAGUCCCAUUGGUAUCCCCACUCGGUCAACAAAUUGAGUCGCAAGCGCGUGGUGCCGUGGGUCCCGCAUUCCGCACCUCGGUAAUGCCCCGCGAGGUAAACAUCCUCUCGCCGCGCGCGCAGGAGUACUUCCGACGGGGGCGCGAAGCCGCUCUCGGGCACGCUCUCGAGGACCUACUGUCUGGCGAUUCAGAAGAAAGGGUAUGGGAGAGUGUUGAGAGAGGAAUGCUGGUGAUCGAUGAGUUGAUUCGAGCGAAUCCGGAAGGGCCGUUUGUGCUUGGUGAGCAACCCAGUGGGACCGACUUUUUCAUCGCAGGAAGCCUUCAAUCAGCGAAGAUGGUUGAUGAGGGAACCUUUGAAAGGUGUGUCGCGUAUCCUGGGUUUAGAGCGGUUUAUGAAGCUUGUUUGCCUUUCAUGGAGAAGCGAGACUGA